UACUGGGAAAAGGCUGCAGGUAUAGGCCAUGUGCUCCAAGUCCUUUCACAGGACUUCAUGAGAGGAGACUGCAGGCAGCUUGGGCUUCUGGGGCCACUGGGGUGAGCCUAAUGGAGCAGCAGGUGCCCCCGGCAUAUUGUUUUGGACCACAACAUUUCCUGUCUCCAUAAGCUUCAAGGCGCCACCCUGAAGAUGAGAACACUUUGGGGUCUUCUCUGCUGUCUCUCAUGGAAGUGAGCAUGGAUUACUUACACCACAGACCUAAUUACAGAAUAAGUAACUUUGAUGGCCAACUGAACUUGCCAUUCUGGGAGUCCUGCAUUUCCUGUGGAGCAUCGGGCCUAUGUCGAGUGUGGUGCUGGAAGGCUCUGCUACUCACUGAUCACAUGACACCGAAAAAUCUCAGACAGGCUGGUAGAUGCGGGUGUUGAAGAUGGACUCUGCAGUAGGCAGGGACUUGAUGCCGGUUAGCAAUUAACUGGGCUUCUUUAAAUAAGUGGAGAGAUUCCUCGAGGUGGGGCUAACUGCUCCAGCGUCCUCAGUCCAGCUGAGACUCCAGAGGGCCUGCCGGAUUAGCGUGCUGCAAGGUGCCCACUGUCCACCCACGCCUCCCAGCCACUCCCAGGGUGACCGCUUGGCAUGGCGCAGGCCUCAGGGAUAGACCCACUUGUGGACAUGGAGGAUGACAGGCCCAAGUGGGACAACAAACUCCAGUACCUCCUGAGUUGCAUCGGCUUUGCUGUGGGGCUGGGUAACAUAUGGAGGUUCCCCUACCUGUGCCAGACCUACGGGGGAGGGGCCUUCCUCAUUCCCUAUUUCAUCGCCCUGGUCUUUGAGGGGAUCCCGCUUUUCUACAUCGAGCUUGCCAUCGGCCAGCGCCUACGAAGGGGCAGCAUUGGGGUGUGGAGGACCAUCUCUCCCUACCUUGGUGGAGUAGGCCUGGGCUGCUUCUCAGUGUCCUUCCUGGUCAGCCUGUACUACAACACCGUUCUUCUGUGGGUCCUGUGGUACUUCCUCAAUUCCUUCCAAUACCCACUGCCCUGGAGCACAUGCCCACUGGACCUCAACAGGACAGGCUUUGUGCGGGAGUGCCAGAGCAGUGGCACUGUGAGCUACUACUGGUACCGGCAGACUCUGAACAUCUCAUCUGACAUCGGCAACACAGGCACUAUUCAGUGGAAGCUGUUCCUCUGCCUGGUGGCCUGCUGGGCAACAGUGUACCUGUGUGUCAUCAGAGGCAUUGAGAGCACGGGGAAGGCGAUCUACUUCACAGCCCUGUUCCCUUACGUGGUGCUAACCAUCUUCCUUGUCAGAGGUUUGACCCUGCCUGGAGCGACAGAGGGCCUGACCUACCUGUUCACUCCCAACAUGAAGAUUCUUCAGAAUCCACGGGUGUGGCUGGACGCAGCCACCCAGAUUUUUUUCUCCCUGUCCCUGGCCUUUGGAGGACACAUUGCUUUUGCAAGCUACAACCCGCCCAGGAACAAUUGUGAGAAGGACGCCGUGACCAUUGCCCUGGUCAACAGCAUGACCUCCCUGUACGCAUCCAUCACCAUCUUCUCCAUCAUGGGGUUCAAGGCGACCAAUGACUAUGGGAGGUGCCUGGACAGAAACAUCUUGAGCCUCAUCAAUGAGUUCGACUUUCCAGAGCUUAGCAUCUCCAGGGAUGAAUACCCAGAGGUCCUCAUGUACCUGAAUGCCACUCAGGCUGAUAGGUUGGCCCAACUCCCCCUGAAGACCUGCCAUCUGGAGGACUUUCUGGAUAAGAGUGCGUCAGGCCCAGGCCUGGCCUUCAUCGUCUUCACAGAAGCUGUCCUGCACAUGCCAGGAGCUUCUGUGUGGUCCGUGCUCUUCUUCGGGAUGCUGUUCACCCUGGGUCUGUCCUCCAUGUUUGGGAACAUGGAGAGUGUCAUCACACCACUAUUUGACUUGGGGAUCUUACCGAGAAGUGUCCCCAAAGAAGCCAUGACUGGGAUGGUUUGCCUUGUCUGUUUCAUCUCAGCCAUCUGUUUCACACUGCAAUCUGGAAGCUACUGGCUGGAGAUCUUUGACAGUUUUGCAGCUUCUCUGAAUUUGAUCAUUUUUGCCUUCAUGGAGGUGGUUGGGGUCAUUUACGUUUAUGGGAUGAAGCGGUUCUGUGAUGACAUUGAGUGGAUGACUGGGCGGCGGCCCAGCCUCUACUGGCAGGUGACAUGGAAGGUGGUGAGCCCUUUGCUGCUGUUCAGCAUCUUCCUGUCCUACAUCAUCCUUCUGAGCCAGACACCACCCAGCUACAAGGCCUGGAACCCCCAAUAUGAACAUUUCCCCUCAAGAGAGGAGAAGCUCUACCCGGGCUGGGUGCAGGUCACCUGUAUACUCAUGUCCUUCCUGCCCUCACUGUGGGUCCCAUCAGUUGCUCUGGCUCAUCUGUUGUACCAGCACAGACGGAGACAGAAGGAUACACAUCUGGAAAGUGGUCUGAAGCCACAGGAGAGCAGAAGCUGCUGAAGGGCAGAGCCAGGGUGACCAGGGUGGGGAGGCACACCUGUGCCAGCCAGACCCUGUCUCAUUACACGCUGUCCACUACUGA